UCGCGCACUAAUACCACGUGUACUGUACGCAUAUUUGUGUGUAUAUUAUUUGUGAGUUUGAGUUUUAAAGGCAUUAUGGCAGCAGUCAAUCUGAGGAAACAAUUAGAUGAUUUUCUCAGGACUCUCAAUAUUGACACGAUCUGUAUCGAUCAUCCGGAGGUGUUUACGGUGGAGGAGAUGAUGCCUCACGUCUCUCAUCUAAGUGGAAUCGUCACCAAAAACCUGUUUCUCAAAGACAAGAAGAAGAAGAGUCUGUGGCUGCUGUCAGCACGUCACGAUCGGCAGCUCAAUCUGGGUGACAUGGCAAAGCGUCUCGGCAUCAGCGCUGGAAACCUGCGCUUCGCAGAGGAGUCGCUGAUGCUGGAGAAACUGAAGGUGGGUCAGGGCUGCGCCACAGCACUCUCACUCUUCUGUGAUCAACAUCAGUGUGUCACGAUGGUGCUGGAUGCUGAUCUGACCACCGGAGGCCACGAUAGGGUUUAUUUCCACCCUAUGACCAACAGUGCUACCAUGGGACUCAAACCCGAAGAUCUGCUCAAGUUUCUGAAGGAGACCAACCACGAACCCAUCAUCCUGAACUUUGAUUAACGCGAUCAAACUGCUCCAGAUAGUACACAAACUUCUCCCAGAUGUCUGUUUAAGAGCGCAAUCUAAUGAACAUUUGAAAAAUAUCUGCUGAAUGCCCUGUUGACAUUUUAAAGGAAUCAUCUUAUAGACAUAUUACAGAGGCGCACACAAUCUAAAACAUACAUCUUCCAGAUGUAAACACAUACAUCAACUAGAUAUCUGUAUGUGUGCUAUAAGGGACUGCUGUUCCAGCCCAAAAACCAGCUCGAUGGCCAGCAAAAACCCUCUGGCUCUUCACAGCAGGGGAUUGGUGUCCAAAUCUGUUCAGUUUUACACUAAUACAUCACUCGUACUGAAACUCCUGUAAAAUAAAUUCAAUGUUUUCA